CGGGACCUAACAUUUAUUGGUUGGCAAUGUAAGCCAUCCAUCGUACUUUAGGCGACUGAUCUAUAACACUAGAAAGAUGAAAUUUCAUAGUUACUUCAUGUAAAAAGAAGUAUUCUAAUGACGUAUUUCUGGCAUUUGGAAGGUUUACCCCGUUUAGAAAUCUAAUUGAAAGAUAUAAAUUUACAUAAUUUUACGUUGGCAGUUUGAUAAGAAAAACUGAUUUUAUUGUCUCCCAGAAGGCGGGGUUGCUUUCUACAGCAGUGUACUAGAUAACCUGUUCGGCCGAGCCAAUAAUGUUGAUAAAUAUUCGAAUUUGACAUGUGUUACGUGAUAACAGAUAAGUUACAGAACACAGAAUCAUGUGAAAACAAUUUUAAUCGUUGACGACACCCACGCAAUGCAGUUCAAGGCUGUAUUUGUAAUGUGAUCUUGUAAAAAGUAAAUUAAAGUGAUUUCAAGAAAAUGACAACUGAGCAGAGCGGACACGAUCAUUCCCUUGCGAUCCGACAAGAAAUACAACGUUUCGAAAGUGUGCAUCCGUCGAUAUAUGCUAUUUACGACUUAAUAGAUCUAAUAUCUGACACACAUAUUGCAAAACAGAUUCGCGAACAUGUUGUUGCAAUCGAAGAUUCGUUCGUUAAUAGUCAUGAAUGGACAUUGGCUAGAGAUGUGCCAGAAUUACAUUUAGGAAUCAUCGGUUCGUCUGAUUCAGGAAAAUCCGCUUUAGUUCAUAGAUAUCUGACUGGUUCAUUUAUGCACGAAGAAUCUCCAGAAGGUGGUCGUUUUAAGAAAGAAGUCUUUAUCAAUGAUCAAAGCUAUCUUUUAUUAAUUAGAGAUGAGGGUGGAGUACCAGAAUCACAAUUUUCUGCUUGGAUAGAUGCUUUAUUACUUGUAUUUAGUUUAGAGAAUGAGGAAAGUUUCUCAAUAGUUUGCAGUUUCUAUAAUAGAAUGUGUUCAUUUCGAAAUAUGUCAGAAGUACCAAAAAUACUUGUAGGAGUGCAAGAUUCAAUUAACGAUUCUAAUCCCCGAGUUAUAAAAGAUGUUAGACCUCGAAAGUUGGCAUGUGAUCUAAGGUGUCCUUAUUAUGAAACAUGUGCUAUUUAUGGUUUAAACGUUGAAAGAGUAUUUCAAGAUGUGUGUCAAAAAAUUAUACAACAUAUAUCCACAAAACAUUAUCGAUGUAACGGACAAGAUGUGACAGAUAAUGAAACAAAGUAUCUUGUUCCAAUGAUUGCCAAAAACGUACAGCUCCUAGCCAAAGAUACGGAAGCAGGAAAUUCAUCAAAAUUGAAUACAUCUGACAAAGAAGAAGAUACUAGAUCUCUGCACAGCAGUUCUACACAAAAUGAUUCAGGAUCAGUAAGUGAUAAUUUUCAUAAUAUACAAAAUCAGCACACUGAUCUCAGAUCUUCAAUCUUAACUCCAACCACUAUAAGAAAAUUUAGGAGAAAAUCUAAUAUUUUUACACCAUCAAAGAAAGAAAAAUACAAUAUGGGUGAAAUGGGUGUUGGCAGAGAAAUACCUGUAAAACAGGGAUACUUAUUUAAACGCAGUAGUAAAUCAUUGAAGGAAUGGAAGAAGAAAUAUGUUACAUUGCUGGAAGAUGGUCGUUUAACUUAUCAUUCUAGUUUACACGAUUACAUGAAUGAUACCAAUGGUAAAGAAAUAUUGUUACAAUAUGUAACUGUAAAAGUGCCUGGAAAAACGCCUAAGGGUUCCAAAUCAUCCAAUGCUCAAGAAGAUAGUUUUGAAUUUUCGAUAAUUUCAUUAGAAAAUAAGACUUGGCAUUUUGAAGCAAAUAAUGCUGAAGAUAGAGAUAGUUGGAUAUCUGCUAUAGAGCAACAGAUUCUUUCAAGCUUGCAGAAUAGUGACGGCGACAAAAAAAAUGAAACUGAUGCUUUUAAAAUGCAUUGUAUAAAAAAUAAAGUAUCAGGGAAUGAUGCUUGUGUAGAUUGUGGAGUAUCUAAUCCGGAUUGGGCUAGUUUAAAUUUAGGUGUAUUAAUGUGUAUCGAUUGCUCAGGAAUACAUAGAAAUUUAGGUUCACACAUUUCGAAAGUUAGGUCAUUGGAUUUAGAUGAUUGGUCCGCAGGUCAAUUAAGCGUAAUGUUAGCUCUCGGUAACGACAUAGCGAAUAGUGUUUGGGAAUAUUGUUUAAAUGGGAAGCAAAAACCGACUUCAGAUUCCUCUAGAGAAGAAAAAGAACAAUGGAUCAGAUGGAAGUAUGAAGACAAAAUCUUUUUACCACCAAUUAAUCCAAAUAUUUCUUUAGGAAAAUUGCUUAUUGACUCGGUUUGCCGGGGUGACAUGAGAGCAUUUACAUUAUGCUUGGCCAGAUGUAGUUACGAAGAUAUUAAUAUGUCUGUUAGUAUGGAAGAUUUAAGGACACCGCUCCAUUUGGCUUGUGCCACAGGAAACUUAGCUAUGGCACAACUAUUGAUAUGGCAUAAAGCAAAUCCACAUAAUUUAGAUCACGAAGGACGUACGUGUAUGUCAUAUGUACGAGCUCUUGAAAGAACACUUGACAAUUCGUCGGAUUCUAUGGAAAUGCAAAAGCUUCUCGAAGUUCUAGAACAAGCUAGUGUUUCUGGAGUAGAUGACGCAGAAACGUCACAGUAUUAAAACUGUUCACGUCACGUACUUAUUGCAUGUGAAGCCAUGCUUCGAUUAAUAGCUUAUAGUUGAUAUAACUUUUUUCAUUAACAGUACUGAUACUCAGAAAGACAACCAAAGUAUGUUAAACGGAAUUUUAAAUACGGAAUAGUCUACUUCUAUAGAGUAGCAUUCUAUACUAUGUUAAAGAAGAUUUACAUUGUAUGUAACAGUGUAUGUCCUUUUUAAUGUUGGCUAUAAAUUUCAUAAGAAAUUUGACCACAUAUUUUACUGGAUAUAACAUACUUUGCAUAUAUAUUUGUACAUUAAAAAGUAGUUUGAAUUGAAAAUGAUAAUGCAUAUUAUAUAAUAUAAUAUAAUAUAAUAUAUAUAUAUAUAAUAUGUAUAAAUAUAUUUAACGAGGUUUAGGUCAGUGAAAGUAAUGACUAAUAGCGAAUUGGAGUGUACAUUAUCAAUGACUGAGAGUACAAACACUCAUAAAUCUAGUUAUAUUUAUACACUAAAUACAUUUAAUGUAUUUGAAGAAUGCUUUUAUAAUUUUUAUUUUAUUAAUUAUGAAUUAAACAUGUAAUUACCUCGCAAGAUGUUUUUAUUAUUCUAAAUACCUAAAAUAUAUGUUUAUCGUCUCGUGUAUUGUUCGAAAUUGUAUCAACUUGAAUUCUGUGUUAACGUGCUUAGUGGCAGUUUUACACAAGAUAUAAACUUCAUUUAAAUUUAUUAGAUGAACAAAUAACACUUGUAACAUAGUAUAGUCCAUGUGUAGUAUUUGAGUCAUCUAGAAAUAUUAUAUGUACAUUUUAUUUUCGAUGCAUGAAAAAUUAUGUAACUCUUAUAUAUAUAUAUAUAUAUUUCUAUAUGUAUAUAUUACCUAAUGAAUAUAUGCUUGUUGGAAAUAUGGGUAUUUGACUAUAAUAUUUAAUAGUUGUUAAUUUUGAUAAACUUGACUGGGAUGAAAGUGAAACUCUUCGUGCAGUAGGAAUCCUGAAAAUAAUAUAUAGUUGUAUCUAUGUAAAAAGUAUUAUUACAAUUAUUAUACUUACUCUUUAUUUAAAUUAUUAAUUGUCGAAACUGGAAGUGGAGCCUUUAAAUUAUAAAUUAUAUUUUGAUUUAAAUUAUAAUUCUGUACAGGCGAGUUUUCACAAACGUAUUGUUUAAAAGCACAUUGAAAUAAAGACCUUAAAUCACUUGUACAACAUUCUAAAUUGUCUUGUAAUAGUAACAUAAAUUCUAAACACACAUGAAUCUGUGCUAAACAUAUUAGUUUUUUCCUAAAAUUAUUAUUUACAAACAAUUAUAUGAUGUAAUUAAAAGUCAUACCAUAAAAUUUUAUUGUACGUACCUGUAGAUAUCAACUGUAAAUUCACCAUGUGAAACAUUUUCUAAUUUUUCUUGGAUAUCGUGCAAAUCACAAAAUCUUGAGCUCAUUAAAAUAUAUAUAUAAUCUUUACAUAAUUUUUCAAAGCCCAUGUCUAUGACAUAUUCUAAUGGUAAACUACCUGAUAGUAAAUGUGAAAUUAUUUUAUG